AGUUGAAGAGCAGCGCCAGUUUCUGUUCACAUCAUUUCAGCGCUUGUAGCAGGUCAGAGCGUCGCCUCCGGUCUGGACAUAAACUUUUUUAAAGGGUCACAAAAACUCGUCUGUGCUUCUCCGAUUUUGUUUGUUCCAGCUGCCUGACUUUUGGGAAAGCGAUUGCAUAUUUCUAAAUACACGAUGAUCAUGGAGAGUUUGACGCUUCGGGUGGAAUGGAGAGUCCAGUAGAAGCCGCGUGUCACCGUGUGGAUAUUAAAACUUAAAGCACAACACAACACAAAUCAGCGCCUGCUUUUGGGAUUAAUCUGCGUGUCGCUUGUGUUCAGUAGGCUCUGAAACACGCAGGAUCUCCUGUGAAAUUCGUACAUGGGAACUUCUGAGGACGAGAAGACGCGCUCCACCGCGGCAGUAAUGCUUUCUAGUGAAUGUAUGUGUCGGUAAUAAGUGUUUCCGCAACGUCCUACACACGCCUCCGUAAAAAAGGGACUAAUUAUUCGAAUUGCUUUAGCUGACUGUAGUCUGAACUGCACCCGGUCAAACACUUCAUGCCCAUCUACCAGCAGCACUUAGAGGUCGGACCUGCGCUCCUGCUCUUUUACCACGCUGUGGAUUCAGACUGUUUUGGGUUCAAAGAGAACUUGAGGAAGUCGGAUAAAUAUAAGUCGGAUUUGCUUCGGAUUUUUGAUUCAAAUUCCAUCAAUUCCAAGAAGCUCAACCAGCACAAACCACUUCAUUAGCUGCUCUUUCAGGAUGCUGUUCAUGAACAGGCCAUCUUCCUCAGGCUGGGUCAGAGCCAUGGACACGCGACAUGGAGUGGUUGCCAUCACUUUCCUGGCUUUCUUCAUGCAAGUAGUGGUGGAGGCUACCUCGUGGUGGUCUCUGGCUAUGAAUCCACUGCUGAUUCCCGAGGCUUACAUCAUAGGCGCGCAGCCGCUGUGCAGUCAGUUGGUAGGCUUGUCCAAAGGCCAGAAAAAGCUGUGCCAGCUGUACCAGGACCACAUGCAGUACAUCGGCGAGGGCGCUAAGACCGGGAUUCGUGAGUGCCAGUACCAGUUCCGCCAUCGCCGCUGGAACUGCAGCACAGUGGAUAACUCCUCAGUGUUUGGCCGUGUCAUGCAGAUCGGAAGCCGCGAGGCAGCGUUUACCUACGCAAUCAGUGCAGCGGGCGUUGUGAAUGCAGUGAGUCGAGCAUGCAGGGAGGGUGAGCUGUCAAGCUGUGGCUGCAGCAGGGCAGCUCGGCCCAAAGACCUUCCACGAGACUGGCUUUGGGGAGGCUGCGGAGACAACCUCAACUAUGGCUACCGCUUCAGCAAGGAGUUUGUGGAUGCCCGUGAACGAGAAAAAACCUAUGAGAAAGCCUCCAUGGAAAGCGCACGACUCAUGAUGAACCUCCAUAACAACGAAGCAGGGCGGAGGAUGGUAUCUGACCUGGCUCACGUUUCGUGCAAGUGUCAUGGCGUUUCAGGUUCAUGUAGCCUAAAGACCUGUUGGCUGCAGCUGGCUGACUUCCGCAAAGUGGGAGAUGCGCUAAAAGAGAAGUACGACAGCGCAGUGGCUAUGAAGGUUAACACACGUGGCAAGCUGGUGCAGGUGCACUCCAAAUUCAACUCUCCCACCAACCACGACCUGGUGUACGUGGAGCCGAGCCCAGACUACUGCGUGCAGAACCACAGCACGGGCUCGCUGGGCACGCAAGGGCGUCUCUGCAAUAAGACCUCGGAGGGCAUGGACGGUUGCGCGCUCAUGUGCUGCGGCCGUGGCUACGACCAGUUCAAGGCCACGCUGGUUGAACGCUGCCAUUGCAAGUUUCACUGGUGCUGCUAUGUCAAGUGCAAGCGCUGCACAAGGGUCGUCGAUCAGUUUGUGUGCAAAUAGCACGCUCCAAAUUGUAUUUUAUUUUUAGGUUUUUCAGAAAGAGAGCGUGUGUUGUGUGCAAGUAGGAUUCCUUUUCCGAAAGAAGACCAGAGAACCUUUGGGAAAGUUGGGCAAUGGAAAGUUAACUAAAAAAAAACAACUAUAUAAAUUAUAUUUAUAGAGUCAAAACAAUUAUACUGUUUCAGAAAAGACUGACAUCUUUGUGUGUAUUUUUUUUUUUUUUUACAUUCUCAAAGCAAUAGGUACAAGAAGAUUAAUGCAACAAAGAGUAUUUAUUUUCUCUCAUUUUUUUUUGCCCCCUCCCCGUUUUUUCUAAAGUGGAAUUUGUCACAGUGAGUGCAAUCCGUCUACCCGGACAAAAGCAAAACCUUCCCGAUUAUCCACAAAAGGGUAAAUCGGUUCAUUUUUGGCCCUUUAAGAGGUUCAAGUGCCGCACUGGCAUUUUACUCAACCGCACCGAGUGACUUGAGUAAUGCGGUGCCGUAGUGUUUCGUUUCAGUCUCAACCACUGUCUGCCUGGGUUUGUAUAUCACUAAGAGUGGAUAUAUCAUGGUUAUUGUGUGCUGCAUGGAUAAGCUGACUGAUGUGUCUUAAACCCAAGCACACUUAAGCUCUCACAAGCUACACUCUGUUCUAGAUCAGCAAGUCUUUGCAUUAACCUGGCGUAAAGAACUGCUUCAUAUUUCAGCUCCAGUGCGUAACUCUAAGUGUUGCAUGGGAACUAUUACACGUACCUUUUACACAGAUUUCUGCACUGAGUGACCAUGCGCCUGUAGCUGUCUGACAAAAGCAGCCUGCAUGACAUGUCACUCACACUUUAAGCUCUAUGCACCUGUUUUCUAAUGGCACAUCUGGUGAAGGUGCUGCCUCUUGAGCCAUGUACACAAAACAGGCCAUAGGUUUCGGGAUGAAAAGCACUUUUGGAAGCUGGGUGUCUUACAUGGUUCAGUAUGAAAAAUAUAGGCUUUGUUUAGAGUGUGAACUAUGCACAAUGGUGGUGCUGACUUUGUGAUAAGGGAUUGACACUGGGAAAUGGCUAACACUUAUCUGUUUAAAAUCUUAAAUACACUUCAGUUCUUUACACUUUUUUUUUUUUUUUAAGGCACAUCAAUGUUGGCACCUAUGUCCAUCUGACAAACGCCUUUUUAAUCAAAAAUCGAAAUAUCAUUUUGGGAUUUCUUCUCAUAGACUUUCAUUUAACUACUAUACAGUUACCACUAGUUAUUCAUUAUUUCAUUUUAUCAUUACUACUAUAAUUCAUUAUAAAUUCAACCAGUAUAUUUAUUAGCUGACAAACAUUGAGGCUUAUAAAAGGUAUUUCUUGUGACUGACUUUUUAUAUAUGUGUAUUUUUUUUCUUUUAAAUCAAACUGUUUAAUAAAUUUUAAAUAUUAACAAAGUCAAACAUCUGAAACAAAACGUUGAAUCAUUGAAUCAGCUAUUUUUAAGUCGUGUAUUCUUAUGCUAUGCAACUACAUAUGCCACCUUAAAAGUGUGUGUAUGUGGAUUCUGAGAAAAAUUCAUAGUUCUUCUAUGUUUGUACAGAAAUUUAUAAGGUAAGAUAUGUCUGUAUUUUUAUAUUUUGUCAUCCUGACCGUUGAAACUUCUACAUGCAGUACGUUCUUAGAAAACGAUUCUGAGUUAAGAAACCAAUUAAGGCUUUUGAACAAAUAAAUAAAAAAGAAAUCUUAAAAUAUAA